AUGAGUGACCAUUUCUCAAGCUCUUCUCUGUGGGAACAAUGCUUCCAAGAAUCGAUACUGACGGAUGACUUGGCCAUACCUUGUCCCGAAUUUUCCGAUGCAACUAUAGUGUCAGCUACUAAUUUCGAUAUAAGCGAAACCCUAUACACCCCUAAGUAUAGUUUAGCGCUUUCGAGUAACAGCCAAGAAAACUCAAGUUCAUCAGCGGGAAGUGAUUUGAAGCCGAGAACUAGUCCGGUGACUCCAAAACGGAGGCGAUCCAGAGCUUCGAAGCUAACUCCGACGACUUUUCUGAAUGCCCACAUAACAAAUUUCCGAGCCCUGGUGCAGAAACACACUGGUAGCAGCCACACUGAGAAAGGGCCAAUCACUUUGUGUUUUGGAUCCUCAUCUUCAGCGACUACUGAUCAUCAGCAGAUCAAUGGUCUGAUUCCCACAACAAAUAAUUCAUUGGAGGUCGUUUCUGGCUGGAGUUAUCAAGCACAAGAUCAGCAAUACUUUUACGAUAACCAGCAUCAACAGUUCCAAGGCCAAGACCCAUUUUCAAUAUGA